ACGCCCCGGCCCACCGCUACAGCCGCGCUCUCCCCGUCUCCCUCGCCCGCGUCCCGCACCCGUGGUCUAGCCAUGCUGCGGCUCCUCCGCGGCGCGGUGCUCCCCGCAGCCGCCUGCCAAGAAGGCGGCGGCAGCGGCGGCGGCGGUGAGAGCCGCUACGAGAAGCUGUUCAAGAAGCUGGACGCCAAUGCGGACGGCAGGGUGGACAUCGCGGAGCUCCAGACCGGCCUCAGCGCCAUGGGCAUCCCCCUGGGCAAGGAUGCCGAGGAGAAAAUUUUUCAAGCUGGAGACACUAAUCAGGAUGGACAGCUAGACUUUGAAGAAUUUAUGCAAUAUCUUAAAGACCAUGAGAAAAAAAUGAAACUAGCAUUUAAGAGUCUGGACAAAAACAAUGAUGGAAGAAUUGAAGCAUCAGAGGUUGUCCAGGCACUCAAGAUAUUGGGUAUAAAUAUUUCAGAGCGUCAGGCAGAAAAAAUCUUACAAAGCAUUGAUGCUGAUGGGACAAUGACAGUGGACUGGAAUGAAUGGCGGGAUCAUUUUAUGUUUAACCCUGCUACAGACAUUGAAGAUAUAAUCCGUUACUGGAAACAUUCCACUGUGUUGGAUAUAGGUGAUAGCUUGACCAUUCCAGAUGAGUUCACAGAGGAAGAAAAGAAGUCUGGGCAGUGGUGGAAACAGCUGUUAUCAGGAGGAGUGGCUGGUGCUGUGUCUCGAACAGGAACAGCACCGUUAGAUCGUCUGAAAGUCUUGAUGCAGGUUCACGGUUCAAAGUCAAAUAAAAUGAAUAUAGUAGGUGGUUUUAAGCAGAUGCUGAAAGAGGGAGGUGUCCGAUCCCUUUGGAGAGGAAAUGGUGUUAAUGUUGUUAAAAUUGCACCUGAAACAGCUAUUAAGUUCUGGGCAUAUGAACAGUAUAAGAAGCUAUUUGCUAACAAAGAUGGAAAGAUAGGUACAAUCGAAAGAUUUAUAUCUGGUUCUUUGGCUGGCGCAACUGCACAGACCUCUAUUUAUCCCAUGGAGGUCUUAAAGACUAGACUGGCUGUGGGCAAAACAGGACAAUAUUCUGGGAUGUUUGACUGUGCCAAGAAGAUUUUAAAAAGAGAAGGUGUAAAGGCCUUUUACAAAGGUUAUAUUCCCAAUAUUCUGGGUAUAAUUCCUUAUGCUGGCAUAGAUCUAGCUGUUUAUGAGGCUUUGAAGAGUACAUGGCUAGAACAUUAUGCAUCAGACUCUGCUAAUCCUGGUGUCCUUGUGUUGCUGGGAUGUGGUACUGCUUCCAGCACCUGUGGUCAGUUAGCCAGCUACCCUCUUGCACUUAUCAGGACUCGCAUGCAGGCUCAAGCCUCAGUGGAAGGAGCCCCACAGCUAAACAUGGUUGCUCUCUUUCAAAAAAUAAUUUCUGCAGAAGGGGUCCAAGGACUGUACAGGGGCAUAACUCCUAAUUUCAUGAAAGUGCUUCCAGCUGUCAGCAUUAGCUAUGUGGUAUAUGAAAAAAUGAAGCAAAAUUUUGGAAUAGCAUGAGCACAAGAAAAAAGGGGAGAUGUCUUUACCCUUGACAGGAAGAUUCAAACUGAAAUGAUUUUUUAAAAAUAAUUGAUUUGUUCUCUUAACUGGAGAAUAGUUCUUUGUGCAGAAAUUCUAUAGCUUUUUCUUUUGUCCUUCCACCCCCAAGUUGGAAGAAACUGCCAUGAGUUUCCAUCCCACUGUUCCAAAAUAGCUAGCAGCCUUGCACUUUAAAAACAUGUCCCUGAAUUAUAAAAAUCAAGAAACACAGCAUCUUUAGUCAGUUGCCAGUUAAAACACUAUCAGGAAAUCAUCCAUAGUUUAGCUCUGAGCUUUCAUUUUCUUAUCCCCUUACUGUGUACUUAACUGGGGUGAGGCCUAACUUGGAGAAAUUUUAUAUCCAUUUGUAUUACAAAAUUCAAAUUUAUCUUGUCCUGCUUACACUGCGAAUACUCAACCAAUUCACAACUAACCUUUUGUAUUUAUCUUCUGUAAAGAAAAUACUGCUUUUUGGUAUAUUAAAAAAAAAAAAGUCCUGUUUAAAGCACAGAACCAAAAACACAUUGCUUUAGAUGCAGGCAAGAAAGAAUAAUGCUUAAAAAUUAGUCCCGAUCAUUUUGUUUCCUUGAAGAGAAAACUCUUGGCUUAUAUUUCAACAAAUGAACACAUGGGAAGAUGUUGCUCCAUGGUAUUAGAAUACCUCAAGCUGAGUCAAAUCCUGUUUCUUUUGAUGGUCCAGUUAAGACCUUUGUAGUUUUUUCACUGGGUUGCUUUCCAUUUCAUACGUAAAUACUGAUACCAUUAAUCAAGACAGUCUUGCUUCCUGUUGUAAGUGUUAUAGCAUCCUAACAUAUAACAGUAUAAAAUAACUCUUGGAUCACACUGAUUCCAACUCCUGCAAGUUGUGAACUAGGAAUUGCAAUUUCAGUUAAAGAAUAUAUCCAGUAUUACACUGAUGCCACCUUCCUUGCUUUUAUACUCAUACAUUCCUGUUAGUACAGUCACCAUAGCCAACAGCUCAGGGAUAAUCAUGAUUGCCUUAGUGGGGCUGGGAAUGCUUUCCUUGUUAAUGCCUUAGGAUGAAUCCCUUUUUCUUUCCUCAGAUGGGUUGAAAUUUAAGCAUUAUCCUUCUAGGUGGAGAAGUACCGUUUAUAAUCCAAGGCUUACAUUCACUCCCAUGCCUCUGGACCCACCUCCAAGCUCAGGGUGUGAUAUUAGCACCAGGAAAAGACUAGUUUAUCUGAGUGGCUGUUAAAGCAGAACUCAGGCUUCUCUUAUUAACAAGCAAAGAUCCCAACAAAUCACCCACAGCUUAUGCAUUUGCUUAUUAUGGAAUCAACAUUUCCCAACUUCCCCUGUAUCAGGAAUACAUAUAUUUAUAUAUACAUGCUUCCUGAAUGGCUUCCUCAUUUUAAGGCCUGUUUCAGGUGCCUGCUAGCCUGAACAUUGGCACAAAGAAUUACUUUGUAUAAAUUCUAGGGAAUGGAGUCACAGGCAGAAUUCCAGCCUAUCCAUGCCAUAGACACAGAGGUAACCUUUGUCAUUCCUGAGUUGUUAACAGCUAUGUCUCAGUUUGCUGCCUUUGGCUUGCACCCUGAAAUUGAGUUGGUUUGAGCAGAACCUAUUUGCAUACUCGGCUUCGCUGUUGUCAGUGCAACCUCAGUGUGACAGCAAGUGGUCUGCCUUGUCUCAAUUGUAGCAUCAGGGCUAUAAUUUUCAUAAGGACUUGAGCUGUGUUCUUCAAGUAAUACAAUCUGUUAAA